GCAUGAGCUCGCUUCCAGAAGGUGAGCCCCACCUGGGAGAAGCUGCACGGGUUCCCGUGGUCUGGCCUGAGAUGACAUCGGAGGCACGAGAGGUGGAGCACGUGGUGUCCAAAUCCUCCUCGAUCGAGACGAAGCUCUCUGAGGGCUUCAGAGGAAUCCUGGGCUGGGAGGAUGAGGGCGCGGCAGCCCCUGUCUCCGAGGCCCAGGCGACAGCAGCCCGGGCCGCCAGGGCUCAGGUCUGGGAGGCCCAUGCCUCAGAGGCCAAGGGCAGGACUGGCUACCCGAAGCACGUGUCUGAGUUACGCAUGAGAAGUUCCUCAUUGCUUAAGCAAAUCUUCUCCAACGAGGAGUUCCUGGUGGAUGAGGAAGAAGGGAGCAAGGCACUGACUCGCCCGGUCUGGUCUGGCAAGGUGGAAUACAUCCUGGCCCAGUUGGGCUACAACUUGAAGCCAUCCAACAUGUGGUGGUUCGUCAGCUUGUGGCUCCACUGUGGAGGCUGGAGCUUCCUCCUCAUCUACAUCCUCUUGCUGUUCCUGGUCGGCAUUCCCCUGCUCCUGCUGGAGCUGGCCGCUGGCCAGCGGCUGCGCCUGAGCAGCAUGGCUUUGUGGAAGGUCGUCAGCCCCUGGAGCAGUGGUGUGGGCUACAGCAGCUUUAUGGUGUGCUUCUUCUCCAGCAUGUACUUGAAUGUGGUCAAUGCCUGGUUCCUCUUCUAUUUGAGCCAGUCCAUCCAAUCUCCUGCCCCAUGGGAGAAAUGUCCCUUACUCAAGAAUGCCAGCGACUUUGAUCCUGCGUGUGCGCGGACAACGCCCUUCAUGUACUUCUGGUACCAGCAAACCUUGAAGGCCUCCGACAGAUUUGAGGAUGGAGGGCCUCCGGUCCGCAGUCUGACCCUGCCCCUCUUCGUAGCCUGGUGUCUUGUUGGGACUUUUGUAUCCAAUGGAAUCAAGUCCAUGGGAAAGGUCAUGUAUGUCCUGAUACCACUCCCUUACUUCAUGAUCGUGUGUUUCCUCUUCUGGAGUCUGCUGCUGGAUGGGGCGACGUACGGCCUUGAGUAUCUGGUGGUUGCCAAGGUGUCAUCCAUCUACAACAUCCGGGUGUGGUCCUUGACAGGGUGCCAAGUGCUGUUUAACCUGGGCCUGGGCUUUGGUCCCGUUGCCUCUUUAGCCUCGCACAUGGACCCGUCCAACAACUGUCUCUCGGAUGCUUUUGUCAUAGCAGUGAUCAACCUGUUCACCAUGCUCAUCACCAUGCCUUUCAUCUUCUCUGUCCUGGGCUUCCGGGCCACAGUUCUCACCUACCGCUGCAAUGAGAAGAAUGUUGAAAUGCUGAUGGAUCUGGUGGCCGCGGGGCAGCUACCCCGAGAGGCGCAGCCCCCCACGUACCUGCAGGGGAACCCCAGCGCUGGCUACAGCACCUGGCUUGAGGGCCUUCCCCAGGUCCUCAAGCAGCAGGUCCACAGCAAGGUGCCACAGUGCAGCCUCAAGGAACAUUUUCUGAAGUUUGAGGACGGCAGGGGCUUCGUGUUCCUGGCGUUCAUAGAGGCCAUGUCGUUCCUCCCCGGGUCUACCUUGUGGUCCAUCCUGUUCUUCGUGAUGCUGCUGGUCCUGACGCUGAGCACCAUGGCCGGGUUCCUGCAGGGGCUCAUGAUGCCGCUCCAGGAUGUCUUCUGUCUCCUCAGGAGACACAAGAAGCUCUUUGCAGUCUCCAUCUCGUUGCUCAUGUUCCUGUGCAGCCUCUUCUUCAUCCGCCCCCCAGGGGUCUACUUCAUCACCCUGAUGAACAACUACUGGAUAAUCGUGCCCAUCAUCAUCAUCGUCAUGUGUGAGAACAUGACCGUAGUGUGGGCGUACGGGGCCAAGAGGUUCCUUGCCGAUGUCAGGGUCCUGGUGGGCCACCCUGUCUCCCCCGUCUACUCCUGGCUGUGGUGCAGUCUCUGUCCAGUCAUGCUGCUGCUGAUGUUUGUGACCACGGUGUUUUUUCUUGCCACAAAGAACUUCAGCUACACGGCCUGGAACUCGAGCAGUUCCAGAGAGGAGCUGCGUUGGUACCCGUCGUGGGCCCGCGCCCUGAUGAUCCUCCUCUGGCUCCUGGUCAUCGGGCCCAUCCCUGCACACCUUGUGUACAGCCUCCUCUAUGACAUCCGCUUCCGGGCUGAGAUGCAGGGCCAGCGGACCGGCGCUCCCAGUGCACUGCUCCUGGGGAGCCAGAUCAUGCCCAGGCCAGAGGCCUCCAGGGAGGAAUACCUACAGGGUGGUCAAACAGAGGCUGCCCAGCCUGUCGCCUGACCCCUGGCUCUG